AUUCAUGUGCAAAAAGUUUAACAAUGGUUUCUUUAAACAUUUGUGAAAACAGUGCAUUUAGAUAUGUUCUGUUGAUUUAUAUUUAUCAUAUACUGUGAACAGAACUUUUCUAAUAUGUCAGUGCAGUGUUCGUUACGUUGGAUAAUUCUAUGAACCUCAGAGUACAUAUAAGGACACUGGACCUAAUUUUAAUAAUAUUUUUUGUCCAGGCUGUAAUGCCAGAACAAAUCAAAUUCAAGAUGAACGGGGUUAUACCGAGUGUGCCAAUCACAACUCUCGCUGGUAUCGCGAGUCUUACCGACUUGUUGCCUGAAAUGCCCCUUCCAACACCGCUGCCACAGACAUUGACUAACAAAUCCCUUUUGUUUCAUCCAAGAGUGGCAGAAGAAGCACAAAUAUUACUGAGUGUCCGUAACGAGAACUUGGUGCCCCAGUUAAUACUGUCUCUAUCGCAAACAUCGUCCGAUCAUAUAGAACUGAAAGACAAUUAUGCGAAUACUGAGCAGCCUUUGGAAGCUGAGCAAAAUACUCCAGAGUUACUUAAGGCAAUUCUACAAAUAAAUCCGCACGUAUUUAAGGGUCCUCAGUAUAAUUCACCAAGAAAUUGGCCCCAAGGAACACCUGUGAUGCACAGCAAUCAAACAUCUGCUAACUACGGACGGUUUUCCCCAUCGUAUUCGAGUUCUUCAGGGUCAAGGCAAACGCCGCAAGGUAGUCCAGCUCAUCCUGCCGCUGCUAGAACAGUACUUCCCCCGCCUACCGGCAUAAAUCCCUUACCUAAUAUGACACCGCAACCAAAUAUGUAUUCUCCAGCACAUAUGAGUUCUCCUGGUACACCAUUAACAACUCUUGGCAAUGUAACACCGCAACACCACAAUAUGGCUGGUAUGACACCUCAACACAAUAUGCACAUGGCAUCUCCUAUGCGUGCUAACAUGCCUAUGCAGCAACAUCAAACUAUUAAUAUGCAGCAAAAUAUGUAUGAUCCUAUGACAAAUCAACAAGUACAUCAUCCGUUAGGAACUCAUCAACCAAUGGACAUAGACAGUACAGUGCAAGAGAAUCAACAGUUUUUGCUAGAUCCGGUCACUGGUCUUCCUGAUAUUGAUUUGCCAAUCGAGAAUAUGGAAACAAAAGAAACCAUCGAUAAUACGACGCAGCACUUACUGCCAACAACGCAAACUACAUCUUAUCCAAGCAUGGAAACUGGAGAUAUUGUCAAUACUUUGAACAGUAAUACACCGCCAAUGAUACAACAUCAACAGAACAACAAUUCGGAAAAGGGAUUGAAGAUACCUGUCCCUGUACCUGAAAAAUUGAAAGAGCCUGUUGUUAUGUUAGACAGAUUGUCCUUAGCAGACCAAGCUCUGAUGCAAAAGAGUUUAGCUGCGUUCGCCGAGAAAUCGCCGAGUCGGGCUGCGAAAAUGGGAAUUUCUAAUCGGGAGGAGGUCAAAUCGGAAUCAGAAAGUGAAGAGGAAAUAGGUAAGAGCAACAAAUAUUUUAAAGCGCGUGCGAAAGAACGCCAGGUCCAAAGGGAGAAAGAGAAAGCAGAGAGGAAGAAAGGUGAAGAUAAGACGCGUAGGAGAAGAAGGGUAUUGGAUGAUGAUGACGAGGAGGAGGAUAAGAAGGAACAGCUUUCACCCACAAAACCAAAAAUAAGGAAAAUUGAAAAGAAACUCGUCCCGGUACUAGCGAAACUCAGCGUGGAGGAGCUGAUGGAAACUAAUACGUACCAACGUUUCAAUACAACCAUAGAAACAAUAUUUGAGAACACAGAAGAUGUUGCAACCAACGCAGAAUUGGACGAUGAUGGUGAUGUGCCCCCUGAAUUGUUAAUUCCUAAAUAUCAGUUACAUGAUUUAUGCACAGAAGCAGCCAAAUUAAAAGCAUUAGGGGCAAUGGAAUCUAUUCCUGCAGACAGAUUAGUUAGAUUAUUGAAUAUUUUGGAGAAAAAUAUUCGUGAUGGAGCUAAAGUAUCUCCGCUUGCGGAUCCGGAUGAUGACGUUGACGAAAGUCGGUUGUGGAUGCAAUUAGCUAUGGAGAGAGUGCAACGUGCUGUAGAUGCAUCUUUAAUUGCAUUGCAUAUUAUGACGUCUAAUAACAUGCCAAAAAUGGUUUACCUAGAGGACGUGAUUGACAGAAUAGUACUUUUUAUGAAAUUUCAGUUACAAAAUACUAUUUAUCCCUCUUUUGAUCCUGUUUAUAAAAUAGAUACGAAAAAUAAGACUGACAGUUAUAAUUCUAGUGGUCGUAAAAAAAGAGGUCAUAUGAAAGAGGUUCGUCAGAAAAGUAUUCUUCAGGUUUAUAAUAAAAUGCAUGAACUUGUUGGCCUUCUUGCAGAAUUAUUGAAUAUACAGGUUUUAACGGACACGAGUGUUUUACAUGCAUCUACACUAGGCGUUGCACCCUUUUUCGUCGAGUCUGUUAGUGAUCUUCAGUUAAGCGCUUUAAAACUUGUCACUGUUAUAUUCACGAAAUACGAAAAACAUAGGAGAUUAUUGUUGGAUGAUAUAUUAGCAUCUAUAGCCCGGCUUCCGAGCAGCAAAAGAAGUCUGAGGACAUACAGAUUAAACUCUGAGGAUCAUAUACAAAUGUUAACGGCAUUAGUUUUACAGCUUAUCCAAUGCGUGGUUGUAUUGUCAGACAAUAUAAUUCCACAACAAAAGAAGUCUCAGGAGGACGAAGAUAAGAAAGAGGAAAAAAAAUUGAAUAAUAUUGACGCGGACGUAUUAAUCAUUAACAAAUACGAAACAGCUACUAGAAUAGCAGGAAAUUUUUUAAAUGUAUUCCUGAAUAAGUGCGGUAGUAAAGGUGAAGAAAUUGAUUAUAGACCACUAUUCGAAAACUUCGUUCAAGAUUUGUUAGCUACCGUGAACAAGCCGGAAUGGCCAGCAGCGGAAUUGCUCUUGAGCUUACUUGGUAAUUUACUGGUAGGGCAUUUCUCUAACAAAAGUUCCGAUAUGGCUCUUCGUGUAGCAUCGAUUGAUUAUCUCGGAGUUGUUGCGGCCAGAUUGCGAAAGGAUGCAGUUAGUUCCCAAUGUAAAUUAUCCACCAUCGAUCAAAUUAUCAAGGAUAUAAAGAUAGAACAGCAGAAGGACUCCGAUUACGAUCAAGUAAACGACAAAGAGAUCGCGGGUUUAAGCGAAGAUGAGGAAAGGACAGUUUUUUUACAGAAGGUACUCUUGGAUUAUCUAGCUGUAAAUGGAACGAAGGAUUCUCCGUUGGGUUAUGCUCGUCACUUCUACUUGGCGCAAUGGUAUAGAGAUUGUGCAGUGGAGAAAUCCAAAGUUGGACAAGCGAAGAACAGUCCCAGUAAGAAGAUGCACAAAAAACGGGUGAAAAAGAAAAAUAAACACCACUCUAGCGACCAGGAGUCUGAAUCCGAACUCGAGGAAGUAGAUCCAGAUGAAAAUGACAAUAACGAGCAGAAGAAUUCAGAAGCUUACAGGAUCAUAGAGGAAAAGAAGAAGUACAUUAUAAGUAGAAUAAGGCCGUAUAGUACAGGAACGAAGCCAGAUAUCCUUCAGACAUACAUUGAUUACAAUUCGGCAGAAUUGAUAUCGCAAUACCUGGCCUCAAAGAGGCCGUUUUCUCAAAGUUUUGAUAGAUACCUCAAGCAGAUCCUCCAUGUGUUAACCGAAUCGUCGAUAGCAAUUAGAACAAAGGCCAUGAAGUGUUUAACGAUGAUCGUUGAAGCCGACCCCAGUGUAUUGGCGAGAGUGGACAUGCAGCUGGGCGUAAAACAUUCGUUCUUAGAUCAUGCUACAUCUGUAAGAGAAGCAGCUGUCGACUUGGUAGGGAAAUUUGUACUAAGUAGGCCAGAAUUAAUAGAUAAAUAUUACGAUAUGCUGUCAGCCAGGAUCCUAGAUACUGGCGUAAGCGUUCGGAAACGCGUGAUCAAAAUUUUAAAGGAUAUCUGUAUGGAGUGUCCAGACUUCCCUAAGAUACCGGAGAUCUGCGUGAAAAUGAUCAGGAGAGUCAACGACGAGGAAGGCAUUAGGAAAUUAGUUAUGGAGGUGUUUCAGAACAUGUGGUUCACUCCUGUCAGAGAGCGUCCUACCUUGGAUUCCGAGUCGCUGUUGAGGAAAGUCAUGAACAUAACGGACGUCGUGGCAGCUAGCAAAGACAUGGGCCUUGAAUGGUUUGAACAGCUGCUGGUAAGUUUGUUCAAACCGAAGGAGGACAAAGACGAUAGUACAAAAAUGCAAACCGAGCCUCCGAAGGCGUUGUUGACUGCGUGCAAGCAGAUUGUUGAUUGCCUGAUCGAGAACGUUCUUCGACUAGAGGAAACGAAUUUGGAAGAGGCCGAGAAGUCCGAGAAAAAGGGAUCCUCGCAGAGGCUGGUCGCCUGUUUGACGACGCUCUAUUUGUUUGCUAAAAUACGGCCGCAGUUGUUGGUCAAUCACGCGAUCACGUUACAGCCUUAUUUAAGUUUAAAAUGUCAAACGCAGGGGGAUUACCAAAUUAUCAGCAGCGUGGCGCAUACCCUGGAACUGGUGGUGCCACUGAUGGAGCAUCCCAGCGAGACUUUUUUAGCGCAGCUGGAGGAGGAUUCUGUAAAAUUGAUCUUGCAGCACGACAGGUCUGUCGUCGCCAGCUGUUUAUCGUGCUUAGGUUCUAUAGUUAACAACGUAACGAGGAACUUUAAAUUAAUACGAGACUGCUUUAAGAAAUAUUACGGACAUCUGACCGAGUACAAAUCGUUUUACGAGAAAGAUCCCACGAACCCUAUGCUUUUAAAGUACAGACCGUUCGUUAGAAGAGCGUUGUUUACUGUUGGUCUAUUGUUGCGGCAUUUUAAUUUUACCGAUCCCGAGGUCAUCGAGGGCUUGGCGGAGAAUAUAAAGGAUCAGGUAUUCGAGACACUGAAUUACUUUGUGAACCUCGACAAUGACGACAUUAAACACUUCACACUUUCUGCGAUCGGUUCUCUAUGCAUACGUCAUUACGAGUUCAUGUUGCUUCCUGAAUUGAAGGAAUUGUACCAUCAUCUACUCACGUCGGAGCACGCCCUGGUUCACAUGAGGAUUCAAGUGUUGAACAACGUCGAGGUGUAUCUACAGGAGGAGGACAAGAGGAUGAUAAAACAGGACAUGGAAUGGGCGAAGAUGUCCAAGCAGGAGAACUUGAAGGAGAUGGGAGACGUGUCCUCGGGGAUGGCGAGUACCGUUAUCCAGUUGUAUGUGAAAGAAAUCCUGGAAGCGUUUCUGCACGUUAAUAUAAGCGUACGACAUGCCGCCCUCAAGGUUAUACAACUGAUCCUGGCUCAAGGCUUGGUUCAUCCUGUGCAAAUUGUCCCCUACCUCAUCUGUAUGAGCACAGACUGCGAAAAGGCAGUGAGUCACAGCGCGGACAAACAGCUGCAGGACAUCGAGAAGAAGUAUCCUGGUUUCAUUCACAUGAAAUCUCAGUUGGGCAUCAGGCUGAGCUUUCGGUUGCAGAAACUCCUGCAGAACGACAUCACGGUAAGGGGCAUGCGAGUAAAGGAGGGUGAAUUUCCAGGUGCGUUAAACGGAUUCCUGUACACCAUCCUGAGGAAUACGAAGCAGCAAAGGAGGGCGAUCGUGUUGUCUUUCCUGAAACAGUUCGACGAGUCCGCCAAGACGAGCUUAUCGCAGAUGCUGUAUCUGGCCGACAAUCUGGCAUACUUUACAUAUCAAGUUCAAGACGAACCACUGUUCAUCAUCCAUCACAUCGACAUCAUAAUUUCAAUGUCCGGCACGAAUUUGCUGCAAUCGUUCAAGGAGGCGUUACUACCCAAGGAAGGCACCAUCCAGUCCCAGCCACAAACUCACCCUCACACGUCCUUUGGCCCCGAUGGACUGCCACGACCGGAGCAAUUGCUGUCAAGCUUGGAGGAUGAGGAGGAUGACGAGGAGGACGAGGUGGGCCUGUUGACGAGGUUACCAGGUGACACCACAUUGUUAAGGGAGUACAUUACCGCGAGUCAAGGGUUUUUGCUUCUCCUCACGUUACGACAGCACCUGAAGGAUCUCUAUGGUUUCUCCGAUCAGAAGAUCGGCCAGUACUCACCUACAGAGGCCGCCAAGGUGUACGAGAAAGCUGUGAAUCGCAAGAGCAAUCUGUUGUUCAAACCAAAGGCUAUACUACACAGACUAAAGGAGGGCGUUAGCAACGAGGAGCUGGAUGCCGAGGGUAGGAAAAAGCUGGUGAAGGAAUACCUGGAUUUCAAGCAGUUGAUGCUGAAGUUCGAUCUUGAGGAGCAGGAAGAGGACGGGAAUGACGCCGACACGAGCGGCAAGCAGCUGUCGGAGACCGUGAAGAUGGUGAAUUCCGAGGUGGAUGGAAAACUGGCUGACGCCGGUGUAGCCAGUAACGCCAUGGGCAACUAUCAGAGCAAUAUGAACGCGACGAUCGAACAUCCGAACAACUCUGUAAUUUCCGUGGCAGGAUCGGGCCCGGUAGCGGUACCCAUGCCACCUGUACACACCUCGGUACCGCCCCAGAUGCCGCCACGCGUUCCCAAACUCACGAUACACGCUCAUUCGGAGACGAAGGAGCAUCGCAAGCAUCGGGCGCACAAAACGGAGAAGGUUAAAAAGCAUAAAAAGAAAAAGAGGAGAAGAAUCUCCGACAGCAGCGAUAGUGGUGAAGACUACAGUGACCCUGACUUUCUAGUGUGAGUGCGGUGGUAUCCGCGCCCUGUGUACAUAUAUAUACGCUGUGUGUGGGUGUGCGUGCGUGCGUUUAGGGUGCUGCCCUAUAAAGUCUAUUCAGGCUUCUCCCUUUUCGCGAAUCACUUGUACCAUCAAGUGCCGGACGCUCUCAAGAUGGCGGCGGACUACUUUAUCGUUGGAACAGUGAGAGUGGGACACGACACGAGGCGACACUGUGUACAGAGAACGCUGGUGCUCUGCGAGAGUGAUGCGAGAGAUGCGAUGAAAGAGAGAGAGAGAGAAAUAGAGCGAGCGUGAGAAUGAAUGCGAUUGAUUAAGGAAAAAAAACACAGAAUUUUAAAUAACGAUUUUAGGAUUAACCUUGUUGGCUAAGACACACAUACACACACACACAUGGUGGAUGCGCGUCUAAGAUUUUUCGGUCCAUGUACGUUCGAAUCGUCGCGUGACUUGAAGGAUGGAACUUGGUUCAGUCACGUUCUAUCGUAGAUAUCGCUUCCUUCUUCUUCUUCUUCUUCUUCUUGCUGCUCCUUUCCAUCGUUUUAUUGAUUCCCCUUCGAGAGACGAGUAUUUCUUUUUUUUAUUUCGAGUAGCGCAACGAACGGAAAAUUUCAGCCGCCGAUGUCAAAGAGACAAAAUUCGAGAAACGUCCGAGCUUCGAACCAAGUUCCGAAAAUUCGUGGAAACCUGAGUACAAUAGUUUCAUGGUAUGCGUUACGACCCGAACAAAAGUUGUCUGUGUAAAUAAUAUUGAAUAAUAACAGGAACAUUGAUACGAAAUAUUAGUUUUUCUUUUUA